AUGCUCCGCGAGAAAAACAAUAGCCAAGGCCUCAUCGAGCUCCAGUACUUGCGCAACUCUACCGACAACCUGACCGCUUCGACUGUCGUGACCAACACGUUCUCGCAUAUCGGCUUGGUCGUUCCGGACGUGAAUAAGACGCAGACGCGCAUGGAGAAGUUUGGCAUCGAGAUCCUCAAGCGUGUCGACGUGGUCGCUGCUUUUGACUCCCCCACAGCAUACGCAUUUGGCCUUUCAACUGACGCCGUUGGAGACAACAUGACGGAAGCGAAUAAUAUCAUGAACGGAGUUAAUCGCUCUGGCUUAAAUAUUUUUUUCAUCAUUGCUGAUCCAGAUGGAAACGUGCUUGAGAUCCAGCAGCAGAACUGA